ACAACUUGAUUCGUCUAUUCUUGACAUUUACACUUGCAAAAGAGAAUGUUUCCGUCAAAUGUAAUGAAUUAAACCAGGAACUUACCAUCCUCAUGCUGGACCUGUAUUCCUAAACUUCUAAUGACCUUUAGGAAUAAUUCAGCAGUUCUUUGCCCAUAUUUGGUUACGGAUUUAUGGUUUCCGGGAUUCUCCUUACACAAGCAUCUAGGACCAGAUCAAUUUCUUCUCUGUGAUUGCAGGUUAAUUGACUUAAAAGUUUCUCUUUCAUAAGUAAAGCAGUCUAUGGGAAAGGCACCUCACAUUUUCCUCCAGGAACUAAUAAGUUAUAAUCUAGCUCUUCACUUUCUGAAAUCACUCAUCUCUACUCCUUUCCCAAGUUUCUCUUGAAAGAGAUAUGUCCAACAAUGGUGCUUCUGGUGGCAACAAGAAAGUGGAGGAACCACCACAACCACACCCGGUUAAGGAGCAGAUGCCAGGGAUUCAGUACUGCGUUAACAGCCCUCCGCCAUGGAUUGAAGCACUUGUAUUAGGAUUCCAGCAUUACUUACUGACUCUGGGCAUCACCGUUUUGGUUCCAAGCAUAAUAGUACCUCAAAUGGGUGGUGGUAAUGCCGAGAAAGCCAUGGUGAUACAGUCCUUACUCUUCGCCUCUGGAUUAAGCACUCUAUUUCAGUCUUUAUUUGGAACCAGACUGCCCGUUGUUGUUGGGAGUUCUUAUGCAUAUUUACUUCCACUCACAUCUAUUAUCCAAGCCGGUCGAUACAGUUCCUUUGUAACUCCUAUAGAGAGGUUUGUAUACACAAUGAGGGGAAUUCAAGGUGCAUUAUUAAUCACAGCAUGUUUUCAGGCAGUUGUGGGUUUUCUAGGAUUUUGGAGAAAUGCUGUCAGGUUCCUCAGCCCUCUCUCUGUCGUUCCAUUUGUGACUCUGUCUGGGCUUGGACUUUAUCAUCUUGGUUUCCCCAUGCUGGCUAAAUGUGUUGAAGUGGGGCUUCCAGGACUCAUCAUCUUGGUUUUCAUCUCACAAUAUCUUCCAUGCUACAUGCGGCAACAGAAGCCCAUAUAUGAUCGAUUUGCAGUUCUGGUCUCUGUUGCAAUUGUAUGGUUAUAUGCUCAGCUGCUAACUUCAAGUUCAGUUUAUGAACACAAAUCUGAAACCACUCAAAUUAGUUGCCGCACUGAUCGUGCUGGACUCAUUAGUGAAGCUCCAUGGAUAUAUAUUCCUCGUCCCUUUCAAUGGGGGGCUCCCACUUUUGAUGCUGGAGAAGCUUUUGCCAUGAUGGCUGCUUCUUUUGUAUCCAUAGUUGAGUCUACUGGUACAUUCUAUGCAGCAGCAAGGUUUGGAAGUGCUACACCUGUUCCACCUUCUGUUAUCAGCCGUGGUACUGGCUGGCUGGGAGUAGGAGUUUUAGUUAAUGGCAUACUUGGCGGUGUUACUGGCACUACUGCAUCUGUAGAAAAUGCAGGCCUACUGGCAUUGACAAAAGUUGGAAGCAGAAGAGUGAUUCAAGUAUCAGCUGGGUUUAUGAUUUUCUUCUCUGUAUUUGGAAAAUUAGGUGCAGUUGCUGCUUCCAUACCCCUCCCAAUACUGGGAGCUUUAUACUGUGUUCUCUUCAGCUAUAUCUCUUCUGCUGGUCUAGGCUUUCUCCAAUUCUGCAACCUGAACAGUUUCAAAACAAAAUUCAUUUUAGGCUUCUCUAUCUUCAUGGGUAUUUCAAUCCCUCAAUACUUCAGAGAGUAUUAUCAUGGAGGUUUGAGAUCAACCCAUACUCACUACACUGGCUCAUGGUUCAAUGACAUGGUUACUGUCAUCUUCAUGUCACACACCACGGUGGCUGCUCUGGUUGCUUUCUUCCUAGACCUAACGCUUGCCAGAGAAAAUGAUGAAUCAAGAAAAGACUGUGGAUUGAAGUGGUGGGAGAAGUUCAGCAUAUACAACUCAGAUAUUAGGAAUGAUGAAUUCUACGCCUUACCCUGCUGCCUCAGCAAACUUUUCCCUGCCCUCUGAUCCUACAAACAGUGGCGCAAAACACUUUUUAAAUUCACAAUUUCGGAAUUUUUGAUGUUUUGAUUCAUUAUGCAACUUUAUGCAACAAUCCUCUUAUUGUCUUCUUCUUCUUUUUCCAUUAUGCAACUUUAUGCAACAAUCCUCUU